UCAGGGCAGCCAAGUGCUGAUAGUAACAACUAAUUAUUAUUAUUGCUAUUAUUAUUAUUACUAUUAUUAUUUAACUUGGUGAAAUAUUAUUUAUUGUUAUUAUUAUUAUUUUUUAAAAUAUUAUUACGUUGAUAAUUAAUACAAGUUAUUUAAUUGCAAUAAAAUCGUUAGUGAACUUUUACGUGACGGUAUAAAAAAAGGUGGCAAUUAAAUAUCGUGGAAAUAAUUAUUAUUUUAAAAAAUACCUCAGGAAAAGUGGGCGAGGGCGUGCGUGACCGGGUUUAGAUCGUUACAGGGGUGGAAAAAAAGCUCUCAACUCAGGUCGUGUGCGUGUCCAUGUGUGCAAGUGUGUAGUUUGAUAUAUUUUUAUUUUAUAAUUUGACACGCCUGAAAACGGCGCAAGGAACGCCAACGGCGACGACGACGGCGGCCAACCAAAGUAAGACCGAUUUAACAUCAGCGCCUGGACAUCCUAUCGUGAAGGUAUCAGUCCAGUGUGAAUCCUGUCGUGGCAACUUUAACCUAUCACGUCGCAUGCUUCGCGGAGUCAAGUCCAACAAGUCGGAAAUACCCGAUCAAAGGAGGCGCUGCUCGUGGAUAAUAUGCGGUAGAACCUGUAAUCCACGUCUGGCAGGUAAAUUUAGCAGCUGGUGGAAUUCCGACUUCUCGGAGCUCAAGGAAGUACAGAUAAAAUAGCCUCCUUGGCUUUGGAGAUCGUAACAUAGAGCUGGCAUUUAUUGCCAAGUAGACUACUGUGAUUAUUACAAUCAUCAGUAGAAUUGGAAAGCACUUGGUGGAUUUAAAUACUCGAAGAUGGCGACGAUAGACGGAAGACCGGCCCAAUAUGGGAUCACUCUCAAACAGCUACGAGAGCUCAUGGAGCACCGAGGGCGCGAGGGUGUUAACAAAAUAAACGCUCUCGGUGGUGUGCAGGAAAUAUGUAAAAAGUUGUACACCUCGCCGAGCGAUGGUCUCAGUGGAUCAUCGGGGGACAUGCAACACAGGCGAGACACAUUUGGUUCCAACAUGAUACCUCCAAAACCACCUAAAACGUUUCUCACGUUAGUGUGGGAAGCUCUCCAAGAUGUUACUUUGAUAAUCCUUGAAAUAGCUGCGUUGGUUUCGUUAGGUCUUAGCUUUUAUCAUCCAACGAGUCAUAAACACGACGAUGAUGUUAAAUUAGAUGAAGACGAAGCUAAAUACGGUUGGAUUGAAGGUCUUGCUAUUUUAAUAUCCGUAGUAGUGGUUGUGUUAGUUACAGCAUUUAACGAUUACUCAAAAGAAAGGCAGUUUCGGGGUUUACAAAAUAGGAUAGAGGGUGAACAUAAAUUUGCUGUUAUAAGACAAGGAGAAGUUAAGCAAAUUUCCGUAUCUGAUAUCGUGGUGGGCGAUAUUUGUCAGAUAAAAUAUGGAGAUUUGCUACCGGCGGAUGGUCUUCUGAUACAGAGUAAUGAUCUAAAGGUCGACGAGUCAAGUUUGACUGGUGAAUCGGAUCACGUUAAGAAAGGCGAAGCCUUUGAUCCGAUGGUGCUAUCUGGUACACACGUGAUGGAGGGCUCAGGAAAAAUGCUCGUGACAGCUGUGGGUGUUAAUUCACAGGCUGGUAUUAUCUUCACGUUGCUUGGUGCUGCUGUUGAUCAACAGGAGCAGGAAAUUAAGAAGAUGAAGAAAGAAGCUAAAAAGCAGCGGAAGAAGAAGUCUCUCCCAGGAGAUGAAGCCGGAGAGAUCACGGGCAAUAGUCAUCCAGGAAGCGGCGGAAGUGUCAAACAACACGACGGAGAAAAUCACGCGGCCCCUUCAGGUGGCGGUGGACAUGCUGAUGGAAAAAAAGAAAAAAGUGUACUACAAGCCAAAUUAACAAAACUUGCAAUCCAAAUUGGCUAUGCCGGAUCAACAAUUGCAGUACUGACAGUCAUUAUUUUAAUUGUACAAUUUUCCGUUAAGAAAUUUUACAUUCAAAAAUCCGAAUGGAGAAGUGAAUACAUAAAUAAUUUUAUACGACACUUGAUUAUUGGUGUUACCGUGCUUGUGGUUGCUGUACCGGAAGGUCUUCCACUCGCCGUUACGUUGUCUCUUGCCUACUCAGUCAAGAAAAUGAUGAAAGACAACAACUUGGUACGGCAUCUGGACGCUUGUGAGACGAUGGGUAAUGCAACAGCGAUUUGCUCCGACAAAACGGGUACUCUUACGACAAAUCGUAUGACUGUUGUCCAGUCGUACAUAUGCGAGAAGCUCAGCAAAACAAUACCGCCGUUUUCUGAUCUACCGAGUCACGUUGGAAAUUUAAUUAUACAUGCAAUUUCUAUUAACUCGGCUUACACGUCCAGAAUAAUGCCCUCACAAGAUCCCACCGAGCUACCGAUGCAGGUCGGCAACAAAACCGAAUGUGCCUUACUUGGAUUUGUACUGGCAAUGGGCCAGAAUUAUCAAACGGUACGGGAUGAUCAACCAGAGGAAACAUUUACGCGUGUAUACACAUUUAACAGUGUUAGAAAAAGUAUGUCUACUGUUGUUCCAAGACCCGGCGGCGGUUACAGGCUUUUUACCAAGGGUGCUUCCGAGAUCAUCAUGAAGAAAUGUGCCUUUAUUUACGGUCGCGACGGACAUUUGGAAAAAUUCACCCGUGAAAUGCAAGAUCGUCUGGUUAAAAAUGUUAUUGAGCCAAUGGCGUGUGACGGAUUGCGUACUAUUUCAAUAGCAUACCGUGAUUUUGUACCCGGAAAAGCUGAAAUAAAUCAAGUACACAGUGAGGGUGAGCCCAAUUGGGAAGACGAAGAAAAUAUUGUUAAUAAUUUGACGUGUCUGUGUAUCGUUGGUAUUGAGGAUCCCGUAAGACCAGAAGUACCAGAGGCAAUAAGAAAAUGUCAAAAAGCUGGUAUAACAGUACGUAUGGUCACGGGUGACAAUAUAAAUACCGCAAGAUCAAUAGCAUUGAAAUGUGGUAUAUUUAAACCAAAUGAAGAUUUUCUUAUACUUGAGGGUAAAGAGUUCAACAGGCGAAUAAGAGACAGUAAUGGUGAAGUUCAACAGCACUUACUGGAUAAAGUUUGGCCAAAAUUAAGGGUACUGGCACGUUCAUCACCCACCGAUAAGUAUACUUUGGUAAAAGGUAUUAUCGAUAGUACUUGUUCAGCCUCACGCGAGGUUGUCGCUGUCACGGGAGACGGUACUAAUGAUGGCCCGGCGUUAAAAAAAGCCGACGUUGGUUUCGCGAUGGGUAUAGCUGGUACAGAUGUUGCUAAAGAAGCUUCCGAUAUUAUAUUAACAGACGACAACUUCUCGUCAAUUGUUAAGGCCGUGAUGUGGGGCAGAAAUGUAUACGACAGUAUAGCUAAAUUUUUGCAAUUUCAAUUGACAGUAAACAUUGUCGCUGUUAUUGUUGCAUUCAUUGGUGCUUGUGCUGUGCAAGAUUCACCUCUCAGAGCGGUCCAAAUGUUGUGGGUUAAUUUAAUUAUGGACACACUCGCGUCACUUGCACUGGCUACCGAAUUACCUACACCGGAUCUUUUGCUUCGUAAACCUUACGGGCGUACGAAGCCACUUAUUUCCAGGACAAUGAUGAAAAAUAUUCUGGGCCAAGCUAUUUAUCAACUGACUGUUAUUUUUACGCUUCUCUUUGCCGGUGACCGGAUGCUAGAUAUACCCACUGGUCUAGGUGCUGCUGACAAAGGCGUUUCAACAACUCAACACUUUACAAUAAUAUUCAACACAUUUGUCAUGAUGACCCUCUUCAACGAAUUCAACGCGAGAAAAAUUCACGGUCAGCGUAAUGUCUUCCAGGGAAUAUUCACCAACCCCAUCUUCUACUCAAUUUGGAUCGGGACAAUGUUAUCCCAAGUUAUUAUCAUUCAGUAUGGAAAGAUGGCAUUCAGCACAAAAGCUCUAACUCUAGAACAAUGGUUGUGGUGCAUAUUCUUCGGAGUUGGUACGUUAGUGUGGGGCCAAGUAGUUACAACAGUUCCUACAAGAAAGAUUCCUAAGAUACUCUCAUGGGGCCGCGGCCAGCCGGAUGAUAUCGGUGCUAUCAAUCUAGGAGACGAGAAAUUCGACCCAGACUCGGAUAAAAAGCCGCGCGCAGGACAAAUUCUAUGGAUCCGUGGUCUAACACGGCUACAGACUCAGACGAGCAAUAGAAGUCUGGUGCAAAAUGUAUCUGUGACAGGCAGAUCCCCCUCUCAGGAUUACUAUAUGAUCCGCGUAGUGAACGCAUUUCGGCAGGGCCUAGACUCGCGAUACGGCGAGCACAGUGGAUUGACCCUUGCGGAGGUACUGCGGAAACAAUCAUCGCUGAGUAAGCGGCACUCACAGACGAGCAGCAUCGAUUAUGCAGAUAAUUUGCCGGAUGAAUUGACAAUACCAGAGAUUGAUGUUGAGCGGUUAUCUAGUCACAGUCAUACUGAGACUGCUGUUUAAAUAAAUAAACUAUAAUAAAAUAUAAAUUACAUAGCAGUUUUAAGCUGAGGAGAAACAAUGUCUGGCAUUGCCCUCGGGGCUUAUCAUUGUCGAAUUAAAACAUGAAACAGAGUGCCACAGGUUGAAAAUUUAAAUUACCAUCAAUCUCAUGAGGAUCGCGGCAAAGGCGCUUGUUAUCUACUAGUGAUAUCCGACAGCUCAUGCAUUAUCAUCACAAAUAUCAACAUCAGUAAAUCAUCCUACAUGUUUUGUCAAUAAUAAUGGGACUAAUAAACGGCAUCUUCUUAAAUCAUUGCAUUGAUCUCAUCAGAUGACCUCGUGGUUUAAGUUUUGUGUGACAGUGCUGAUUAACUUUGUGAGGUCACAGUGUGCUAAUUUAAUUAUUAUACAUAAAAAUAUAAAUAUAUAUAUAUAUAAAUAUUUAUUAUUACUAAUAGUAAUAAUAAUAAUUAUAAUUACAAUUAUAAUAAUACCGAUAUAAGAUACUUAACACGGGACUCCUCGUCGAGUGCGCGCGAUCACAGACGAUCUGCUAUUCAUUUAUAUUUAUUUUAAUAAUUAGUGCGGUCCAUUGACAAAUACUCUUAACUCUCUCUAUCUAUCUCUUUCUUAUUGUUGUUAUUAUUAUUAUUAUUAUUAUCAUAGAUAAGUACACGUAAGCACGCGUGGUUGCCAGAGGGGAGAGACAGGGUAAGCGGAGACUUUGACGAUCGGUAUGAAAAAAAUUUAAUUAUUGAAUUUUAAAAAUAAAUGUCAUCUAAAUAGUGAUAUAUUAAACUUUUUUUCAUACAUUAUAUGUUAAUAAUAAUACAAAUACCUCAUAUAUUAAAAUUUUCUGACACACCGGAGAUUUUUGCUAACGGGUGGAUCGCACUGAGCUAGAAACCGAAGUAACGCACCACUGCCUUCCCAAUUUCUUCGGAGUCAUUUACACUAAUUAUUUAUAUUUUAUCAACAGACUAUAUAUUUUAUUAUUAUUAUUAUUUUAAACAGAUACUUUUAUAUCUUGCCGUCGGUUCUCAAUGUUAUUUAUGCACACACUAGUACAAAUGCGACGUAACACCCACAAUUAUUAUUAUUGUCAUUAAAAAAAUAAAUUAAUCUCCGCUAAAUCUCUCUCUCCCACUCUCGCUUUAUUUAAAUUAACGUGUACUCUUAUAUAUAUGAAAAAAUUAAAAUCUUUCCCUUCGGCUGUUUGUUUAAAAAAUAAAAAUAAAUAAAUAAAAAAAAAAAAUAAAACAAAUCUACCUGCCUAUCCGUCGCGCGAUCGAAAGCUACAGCGUUGUGUGACUUAAUAAAAAAAAUAUUGUCUAGUCAUUUAGUUAAUUAUAUCAUUGUACUUCCGCGAAUAACUCUGCACAGGGGGUGCCUUACCGCAACAAAAAAAACGCAGAUAAAAAUUUUAAUAAUUAUAAUAAAUGGGUACUUGUAAAUCGUUGUACCGGUUAAUAGGAAAAACUAAUAAAUAAAUAAAUAAAUAUAUGAUAAAUAAAAAGAAAAAUGAUAAUACAAAUUAUAAAAAAAACCACCGUUACGUUAAUGAUUAACGAAUUAAAAUAACUUAUAAAUAAAUAAAUAAAAAAUAGUGAUAAUAAAUAAUAAUAAUAAUAAAUUUGCUCGUUAAUUUAUAAAGAAAUACUAUGCGGUGGAAAUUGUUUUUUUUUUUAAUUUACUUUAUUUUAUAUCCGCCGGCGAAUCGCCGUUGAUUAUUACGCUUAGGAUGUAAUCCACAUGUACAAGUCCAAGCGCCACGGCGACGUAGAAAAAAAAAAAUAAAUAAGUAAUUUUAUUAAUAUUAAUUAAGAAUGAUUGGUCAUUUAAGUGUUAAUCAUUUAAUUAUAAGAUAAAUUUAAAUAUUAUUAUUAUUAUUAUGAGUAUUUAGAGUGGAAAUAAUAAAUAAGUAAAUACUAUACAAAUAAAAAAAAACAUUAACACAGUAACAAUAAAUAAAUUUAAUAAUAAUAAUAAUAAUAAAAUAAUUAACAUACAUGUCAGGUUAAUUAAUUGCUUAAUUAACCUGGGGAUUUUGCGGGCAGAUAACCGGCAAAAGGUACUGGUUACCUGACGUCUUGUAAUGUAGAUAAUAAUAAUAAUAAUAAUAAUAAUAAUAAUAAUUAAUUAAUAAAUUAAAUAGUGAGAUGACAAAUGAUUAACGCUGUGUUAAGCACGCGGUUGUGGCGAGGCUACGAGGAAAAAAAAUAUAUUUACUUUUUAAUGAGAAAUUAUUAUUGUAAUUAUUAUUAUUAUUAAUUAUUAUUAUUUUUAAUUACUUUGUCAGGCUGCAAGAGUGUUAAUAACAAUAUUGUUAUUUAAAUAUAUAAUUUUAUUAUUAUUAUUAUUAUUAUUAUUAUUAUAAUUAUAAAUUAAAAAUACUAAAUAUAUUUUAUUUUAAAAUGUAAUUUAUUAAUUUUUAGUAUACGUCGCGUCCUCGUUGCGCCUCGCCUCUUGUUAUACGACUUAGGUCGAUUUAGUUUCCCGAGGCUCUGGAAAAAAAAAAAGAAAAAACAAAAAAAAAAUUAAAUAAUUAAAUAAUUAAUGAAAAAAAAAAAUAAAUUAAUAAAAUAACUUAGAGAUUUAAACUUUUAACGAUGGUCAUUUUAUGUAGAAUUUAAAAAAAAAAAUAUAAAUAAAGUAAAGCAGGUGAAAUAAAUAAAAGCGCAGGGAAUAAAUUUUAGAAUAGUUUUGAGGGAUAAAUAAAUAUAUUUAAAUAAUGUGGGAUGCUUUAAACCCUCAUUAAAUUCGGGGGAGUACCUACUUAAUUAAACUGCCGGAAAAAAAUAUUAAAAUAAAUUAAAUUAUGAAUGCGUUUAAUUAAUUUAAAAGCGUGACAUAAUUAAUUAAUUAAUUAGUAGGUACUGUAAUAGUUGUAAACGAAUGUAUAAUGAAUCCACGAUUGGUCUGUCGUUCGAAUCGAUAUUAAAAAAAAAGUUAUUGUAAUAAUAAAUAAAAGUAAUGACUAAUGAUAAUUAGUUUAAUUGCAAGUGGAUGCGUGUGAUGUGUGGUAAUGAUUAUUAAUUAUUGUAAUAACGGAUGAUAGGAAAAGAAUUGCGUUGGACUUGCGAUAAAAAAUAUGAUUAUUAAAUAAUAAAUAAAUAAAUAAAUAAAAAGUGUUAACGCGAAAUCAACGAAAUACGGAUCGAUCGAUAAACCGAUCGGCAGAUCGAGCUUCGUCCCUUUAAACGCUAAUUAUAAUUAUUUAAAGCGCAACUUGGCCUGUUAUGAUAAUUCAAGUUCGAGAAAUAAUUAUUAUUAUUUUAUUGAUAAUUAAAAUCAAUGGGAAUAAAUAAGAGGAAAUAAAAUUAACAAGAAUUAAUAAGCCUCCGUCUAAACCAGGCGUUCAUUCGGAGGUAUCGUUAUAUUAUUUAAAUAUAACGUCGUGUAUAGUCGAAUAAUUAUAAUAAAUAUAAAAUAAAAAAAAAAAAUAUUUGAAACAAUCGGUGCCGAGUGUCAUCGUUAUCGUGUUAUUCACUGUUAUUGUUAUAUUUCGUAUAUAUUUAAAUUAUUAUUAAUAUUAUUAAUUAAUAAUUACAUCCAUCGUUCAUUGAUACUUACCAUUUUUGACUUCCUUAACUACACCUACUCUACUCUACCAUUAUCUAAAUAAUUAAAAUUAUAAAUAAAUAAAUAAAUGAAUGAAUAAAUAAAUGAAUUUUCAAAUACUGAUUUAACUUGAAUAUUUAAAAAAAAAAUAAUAAUAAUAAUAAAUAGCCCGUACUUGAUAAAUUAAGUAUAGGCAAUAAUGUAUCAUCAGUCGAGCGAACGAACCUGUCAAAAGCCCAAUAAAAAUAAUUCGUUAAGAUUUAAAACAUA